AUGGCUGCAGCAACAUAUUUAUAUUUACCUUAUGAUUGUUGGGAAACUGUGAUUAGAUUCAUCAUCAACAAUGACGACGAAAACAACAACCGUCACAGCAUGAUUUCUCUCUCCGCCGUAUCCAAGCAGUUCCUCGCCAUCACCGACCGCUUCACCGGCCGCUUCCGGUUCUUACUCCCUCUCCGCCAGAAUCGAACACAACCUUUACUCCAUCGCCUCUACAGAAAGUUCAGCAUCCUCACUUCCCUCAAUCUCUCGCGAUAUAGCGGUUAUGACCUCGACGACCUUCUUUGCCAAAUCUCUCGUUUCCCAACAUUGAAAAUCACUUCACUCAAUCUCUCCUAUCAACCCACUGUUCCGGAAAAUGGGCUGCGAGCUAUAUCUCAAAAUAAUACAAUUUUGACCUCUCUCACCUGUUCCCACAUUUAUGAUAUCAAUGCCACUCAUUUGUUCUUUAUAGCCGAAUGUUUCCCUUUACUUGAAGAACUCGAUCUCAGCCACGUCGGAAUGUUCAUGCACACUAUGGUAGACGAGACUGAGAGCUAUGUCCUUGGGGUACAGGCUCUCUCACUCGCACUUUUCAAACUUCGCAAGGUUAAUCUUUCUUACUUUCCCAUCAACAAUCAAUCGCUUUUCCACUUGUUCAACAAUUGUAAGCUUCUCCAGGAAGUCAACAUAUUUGGUUGUCGUGAAUUAACCAAUGCAGGCAUUGCUUCUGCUCUCCGUGAGAGACCAAAAUUGACGUCUUUAUUGUUAUCAAUAUCACUUCAUCAUGAUGAAUUCACUGCUUCACAUUUAAUUGACUCAUUGGUGAGUUUGAAGAGUUUGACUUGUCUUGGUUUGUCUGCUUUGAAUAUCUCCGAUGAGUUGCUCUACACUAUUGCAAGGAAACGUCUUCCUUUGACAAGACUUGUACUCAAAUAUUGUUCUGGCCGUUAUUAUAAUGGACUCUUUUAUUUGUUAUCCAUGUGUCAUAAAAGUUUCCAACAUUUGGAUCUUGAAGAUAAUAGGUUUCUGAAUGAUCAACAUGUUGUCGAAUUGUCUUCCUUUCUUGGUGAUUUGGUGUCCGUAAACCUUAGUAAUUGCAGUAAGAUCACAGAAUCAGCUUUGUUUGCACUUGCUAGGAAGUGUCCUUUACUUGGUGAGAUCACAAUGGAAAAUAUUAGGGGUAGUGUAGCAAAUUAUGAAUCUCCGGCAUAUAUUGGUGUUCAUCCUCAAUUAAAGUCUCUCUAUUUGGGUAAAAAUUCAUGGUUAAGUGAUGCAAAUAUCAUAAUGUUUGCUUCCAUUUUCCCCAAUUUAGAGGUGCUUGAUUUCAAUUCUUGUAAUAACAUAUCUAAAGGUUACCAGAGAUCAAGGGAAGAUUACAGUUCAAAGAAAUUUAAGCAUGUUUGGAAUUAA